UACAACAGCAAUUUUAUCUUCUAAAAUCGUCAUAUACACAUCUACAACUAUUGUGAAACAUCCAAAACCAUGAAGACGGUCGCAGCCCUGAGCUUGUCUAUAUGGCUAGUUUCCAUGGUCAUAGGCACUGCAGCACAGCCAGCAGUGCUAGACACAGAUGGACAGCCUCUGCAAAGUGGUGUAGAAUACUACGUGCUGCCAGGAAUAACUGAUGUAGCCGGUGGUCUAACCCUGGUUGAUCCCAACGACUCUUGCCCAUUAUAUGUGGGUCAAGAACCCAUCGCUCCUGUUGUUUCACAAGGCUUUCCAGUCAUCUUCAAGCCAUUCGCUGAUGGGGAGACGAUCAUUAGAGAGUCUAGAGACCUGACUGUUACAUUUCAAGCGGGCAGUGUUUGUGUCCAGUCUACUGCUUGGACGGUAGGGAAGGUUAACCCAGAAACAGGAAGGAGAUAUAUUGUUACUGCAGGAGAGGCAGAUUACUUUAAUAUUCGAAAGAAUGGAGGUGUUUAUAACUUUGUUUGGUGCCCUGCUGAAUCUUGUCCAACUUGUGGGAGGCCAAGGUGUGGGUCUGCUGGUAUUGUGAUUGAGAAUGACAAGAGGCUGCUUGUCUUGGAUGGUCCUGCAUUUCCCUUCCGGUUUAGAAGGGUUUAAUUUCUUCUUUAUGUCAAGAAAAAAGAUGCUGGAAUUUUAGAAUAUUGCAUUAGUUAAAUUGGUAUAUUGUAAAUAAAUGACAUGAAAAUGUUUUUCAUGUUCAAAAUUCGUA